AUGAUGCGUUCCAUCUUUGUGGUUGCCGUCGUCGCUCUUGGCACGGCCAAUGCGCUCCUCUCCGAGUGCGAAGUGGAAGGCCUCGACACCUUCUACAAGUCGUCGAGGGCUCGCCAAACUCACGCUCUUUUUGAUCCCGCCAUGCCCUUGCUUGCGCGGCUGUCACAGUGCUGCAUGUCCACCGACUUUUAUAUGCCAGCAGACGUGUGUGGUGCCAUGCACCCCAGCCUUCGCCCCGACACUGCCCUGUGCCAAUCUGACUACCCCAACACAUGCUCGGCUCGCGCCACCUUGCGUGAGCAGCUGAACGGCCGUGACCCCCUCGCUCCCUUCAACUUGUGCCUCGAGGACAAGAUCAUUAUGGAGACCGAGCGCGGCGAGGCCACGGUCAGCGGUACCUGGCUGCACACCAACGAUGGCUUUGACUUCCGUGGCAACAGCUACAUUAACAACCGCUUCCACAACAGUCGCCGCCAAUACGUGCGCUUCUCUGCCGCCUUUGUGGCCGGCGGUGAUUACCACGUGUACAUCAGCUACGGCCGCUCCCCUUUCAACACGGCCCGUGCCCCCGUCGAGAUUCAGUACAACGGUGGUCUUGAUGCCCUCCGCGUGGACCAAACCGCCCGUGCCAGCUCCGGCGCGGACAUUGACAGCGCGUGGCAAUACAUUGGUACUUACCCCUUCCAGGGCGGAAACGAUCGCGAGUACGUCAUGAUCACCACCGAAAACGCCGCCGCAAACCGCCUGGUAGCCGCCGAUGCCGUUCGCUUUGAGCGUGUGGCUUGCGAGGCCACCACUGAGGCUCCCACCACCGAGGAGGCCCCCACCACGGAGGAGCCCACCACCACCACCACCACCACCACCACCUCAACCACCACCACCUCAACCACCACCACCUCAACCACCACCACCUCUACCACUUCCACCACCUCCACCUCCACCACCACUUCCUCCACGACUACCACCACCACCAUGGCCCCGACCACGGAGGAGGUGACAAUGCAGCCCAUUGAGGAUUGCCUGUACGAAUGCGGUCUGGCAUCAAUUGCCUGCCGUUCCAACUGCGGCCCCAAGGGCGAGGACAACUUCCUCUGCCGCGUGACUUGCAAGCUGAUCCAGAACGACUGCGAGGAUGAAUGCCGUGCCCUUUUGCCCGCUACCCUCGAGCCCACCGUUACCACCACCCAAGCUCCUGCAACCACCCGCUCGGUCAGCCAAAACCCCGCCACCACUACCACCACCACCCAGGCCUCUGUGACCACCACCACCACCACUCAGGCACCCGUGACCACCACUACCACGGCUGGGGACCCCUGCUCCGAUGUGCGCACCGAGUGCCGAUGCAAACCCAAUGCUGAGGUCUACUACUUCUUUGACCGCAACUCGUGCUACACUUGCGGUUGCCGCCUUGCCGGGUCUGGGCCCACCUCGGUCACCACGACCCAGGCCCCUGUAACCACUACCACCACCACCACUCAGGGCCGCCCCGAGACGACUACCACUACUCAGGCUGCUCCCGUUACCACCACCACCACCACUCAGGGCCGCCCCGAGACGACCACCACUACUCAGGCUGCUCCCGUUACCACCACCACCACCACCACCACCCAGGCCGGUCCUACCUGCCCUACCUACCGCCCAUGCAACUGCAAGCCGGGUAGCUACCCCGAGGACGCAUAUGACAACAAUGGUUGCCUCACUUGCUCUUGCAAGGCCGACUCUUACAACCCCACCACGUCCACCACCACCCAGGGUCGCCCUGAGACAACGACGACCACCACUCAGGCUGCUCCCGCCAGCACCACCACCACCACUCAGGGUCGCCCUGAGACAACGACAACCACCACCCAGGCUGCUCCCGCCAGCACCACCACCACCACUCAGGCUGCACCCGUCACCACCACCACCACGCCCUGCGUCGAGAACCCUUGCACGGUCUCCCCCCGCCGCUGCAAGCCUGAUGCUGAGAUGCGCGAGGUGUACGAGGGCGAGUGCAAGGUCUGCCGCUGCCUGCCCAAGUACUAA